AGAUCCAUGUCGUUCCCAACUCGCCCACCUUUCACCUUUUUUACUGUUACUUCCUUUUGUUGUCAUGUGAACUAAGCCGGCCGCCUUUAAUUACUUACCGCUUUGGAGGGGGAGACCUUCCAGGGGGUUCUCUGAGAUUUUUCCCUUCCCUGCCUCUGUUUCUUCCCACCUGCUUCCGUAAUAGUAGUACGGUUUCGUCUGUUCCCGCCGCCCUUCCGCAACAAGGUGGGACUUGGGGGAAGCAAAGAAAAUUAAAAAAUUGGAGUGGGGGAGAGACAAGAAGAGAGAGAGAUUGAUUCUCUGGAGUUCUGAUCCCUCGGGAGAGAUUACCAGAAAUACGGUAGUUGUAUACCAAGAUAGAGAAAGGAAGGAGUUUGGCUGGAAUCGAGGCUGUUUCAAAUUGCUGGGAAUUUUGAAUUGUGGACAUAUUGGUGCAUCUCUGGACCCUUUGGAAGCGUGCAAAAAUGUCAAGGGGAUCAGACCAGGAAAAAGCUUUUUGGUGAAAAGAUUUGGACCUUAGGAUUUUCUUCCUUUAAAGUAUGGAAAAUCCCUACACCAACCGUCGCCAAAGGGGAGAUGGUUCUUGGCCUUCAUCAGAAGGAGGUACUGCAAGCACGAGCUCUGAUUAUUGUUUUAAUUCUCCUGAACUCAUGGAUUUCGAUAGCUAUCUCGAAUCCUGCAAUAUUUUAACCACGGACCCAGCUUCUGCAUUGUUCGGUCUGAAUCCCGUUUCACCAUCGAACAGCUUUGCUGCUCACCAUGACGUACUGCCGCAUGUGGAAUAUGGUCCUUUCAGCAUGGCAGGCUCUUCUCUAAACUGCAGUAAUAGAAAUCCUACUUCAGAUGGUGCAAAUUCUCCCAUGAUGCUCAAGUCACUCGGUCCGUCCGAUUCUUUUGACGUGGCUUCUAAUGGACUUCCUCUGGGCAGUUUUCAGGAGAAAAAUGCACUUGAAAGUCUACGCCAUGGUUCUUCUCAACCUGAGCAGUACCAUGCAAAUAAAAUCACUUCCCGAUGGCCUCAAGGUGCAACUUCUUCAUAUCAGCAACUGUCAAAGAAAGUAGGCCUGAGCCCAGGACCUUGGGCACUUCAAGAAGGAAAUUUGGGCAGAUACAUGGGUUCAACAUCACACAGUGGGAUAGAGAAAACCGGCCAAGAUGACGUGGUUGAUUGUUCAAGUGACAAAGGGAAUGAAAGGGUUUCUAGAUCGCUUGGAUUGUCAUUUUCUGAGAGAAUGCUCAAGGCAAUUUCACUGAUCAUGGACAGAGCUGGGACGGGCAUUCUCAUGCAGGUUUGGGUACCCAUGAAAGUGGGUGGCAGAUAUGUCCUGAGUACAUCUGAUCAACCUUGUUUACUGGAUCGGAACCUUGCUGGGUACCGUGACAUUUCAAGAAAGUUUACUUUCUCGGCCAGAGAAGCGCCUGGUUUAUAUCCAGGGCUUCCUGGGCGCGUUUUUAUUUCUCAAGCGCCUGAAUGGACUUCAAGUGUUAGAUAUUACCAUCAAGAUGAGUAUUUGAGAGUGAAUCAUGCUUUUGAACAUGAUGUCCAUGGUUCUCUUGCUUUGCCAGUUUUUGAGCCGCAUAAACAGUCUUGUUCUGCUGUGCUGGAGCUUGUGACGACAAAAGAAAGAUCUGAUUUUGGUCCUGACAUAGAAAGUGCUUGCCAUGCUUUGAAGGCUGUCAACUUAGGAAGCUGGGAAGACAAGCGGCAUCUUCAGAAUCACACGGCGGGCCAUGUAGCUGCUUUGAGGGAGAUAGCUGACAUACUGAGAGCCAUUUGUCAUGCACAUAAUUUACCCUUGGCCCAGACAUGGACACCAAUUGGUCGAACAGAUGUAACUACUGGUGAUUAUCACACCAUGAAAGAUGCUGCCAUGGCAAAGAGAACUUUGUUAGGAAUCCAGGAAUCUGCUUGCUAUGUGAAUGAUGGUAUGAUGGAAGGGUUCCAUCAAUCAUGUUUGAAGUGUUACCUAGAGAAAGGUCAAGGCAUUGUUGGGAAGGCACUUCAGUCAAAUUAUCCCGUUUUCUCUAGAGAUGUGAAGCUUUUUAGUAUCAAAGAUUUCCCAAUUGUACACCAUGCUCGUCGUUUUGGUCUGAAUGCUGCUGUGGCGAUUAGGAUAAGGAGUACUCACACUGGCAACUAUGAUUAUAUCUUAGAACUGUUCCUUCCAGUUAACUGCAGAACAGGCAUUGAGCAACAACGUUUACUGGAUAGUCUCUCAACUACCAUGCAGCAUCUUUCUAGAAGCUUAAGAACAAUCAAUGAUUCUGAGUUACUGGAUGAUGGAUGUGCACUAGGAAACCUUCAGGCAAAUAAAGAAAAGGUUUAUUCUUCAGUAGGUAUACCUUGCAAGCUGCCUCGGCCAACUAAGGACAAUGAUCAGUACUUGAAUGAUGAGAAAAAUGUCCAAAUUGCAGGUCCUAUAAAGGAGCACACAGAAGCACACAUUGAUCCCGAACAGGUUAUGCUUGACCAUAGAAAGCAAUGGGACCGAAAGCGCAAUUCAGUGGAGAAAAGUAUAAGUUUGAGCCUUCUUCAACAGUACUUUGCUGGUAGUCUUAAGGAUGCUGCUAGAAGUCUUGGUGUUUGUCCGACAACGUUAAAAAGAAUUUGCAGACAGCAUGGAAUCUCAAGAUGGCCAUCCCGCAAAAUAAACAAAGUUAAUAGGUCACUGAAGAAGCUCCAGCUUGUCCUUGACUCAGUAAAGGGAGCAGAAGGGGCCCUGAGGUUUGAUGCCAUCAGUGGAGGUUUGUUUGCAUCUGUUUCUGGCCCUCGAGAAACACAAACCAAUGAGCCUAACUGCUCUAGCACUGAUCAGAUAAGCUCUUCAUUUCUGAAAUCAGAGUUAGCAACUAAGCAAGACAUACAGAGACAUUCUAGCCCUGCAAAUGCAGGCCAACAGGUUGAAGAGAAGCCAGGGAUACAUAGAUUACAGGCAAGUGGGUGUCCGCUGGAUUCAUCUGCAAGAUUUCCUUGUAUGUCAGAAUGUGAUGCCGAACAAGGUAAGACUACCACUGCUGAUAUUGAUGAUGAUCCUGUUGCUGCUGGUUUUGGGUGUACACUGCCAGUGCCUCAUCGUGAGUGUAAGCCAGAGGUCAUGGUAGCUGAAAGGCUGGCUGGACCGUACCUCUUAAAAGAGGAAUGCAAUGAAGGAAGCUAUAAUAGGCAUAUCACAAAUCUUGACAGUUCUGACCACCAUGUUACAUCUAGGAGCCCCAAGUCCAUGGGUGCACAACAAAAAGAGGUGUCUGCUUUGGAUAGCGUAGAACAGGAGCAUCUUACCUCAUCAAGCACCACAGACUCAUCUGGUUCACUGAUGAAUAGCAGUGAACCAAGUUCUCCAACUUUAGUCCCACACGGCGGUUCCAACGGGAAUAAGAAGAGCAUGAAUAGUGGUGAUACCAGAAUUACAGUGAAAGCUACAUAUAGAGGAGACACAGUGAGGUUUAAGUUUGCACUUUGUCUAGGAUGUGCACGGUUGCUUGAGGAAGUUGGUGGGCGGUUCAAUCUGGCUUUUGGAACAUUUCAACUGAAAUAUCUGGAUGAUGAAGAUGAGUGGGUGAUGCUGGUGAAUGAUGAUGAUCUGCGGGAGUGUAUUGACAUCAUGGACUCAAUUGGAGCUAGCAGUCUUAAGCUUUUGGUUCGUGAUUCAUCUUUGAACAGCUCUGGUAGUACUAGCAAUUUGUCGGGCUAAAGUUCUUGAAGUGAUGGAACAUUUUGUGGUCACACCUGUUAGUGUUGAUGGUUUCUGUUGGCUCCUCGCUAAGUUUUCUCCGUUGAAAGCUCUUGGUGCCUCCUGGAUAACAAGCCAGCCCGUGAGAACAGGUUCCAUGUGAAAGUUCAACGUGUAGGUGGAUUGGUGCGGAUGUGUCGGAUAUGCUCGUGGAAUGUUUCUUUUUGCUUCUUGGUUGAUGUGAAAUUACCGACUUGAAUGCUUCUUGUUGUGUUUCUCCUGUAGAAGUUAUAGCUCAUGAUUGUAGUGUAGCAUAUAGUUUUCCAAAUCCAUCCUGUGUACAAAAAUACUGUAUAUAAAGCUUCCAUUGGUUGUUCA